CGCCUCGCGGUCUCUCUCCACCUAUCGCGGCCGUCCGUUUUGCAGCGCACAAAUCUUGAUGCGGCUCUGAGCGAGAGGAGGGCAGGCAGACCACCCACCCCGCCGCCCGCGCGCGCGCGCGCGAGCCAUGGCCGUGGGGGUGCACCACCACCACCACAACCACAACCACAGCCGCGUGGGGGUGGCGGGGGACGGGUCGCUGUCGCCGUCGACGGCGAGGAGGCUGAGGCGGUCGCCGGCCGUGGAGAUGAGGAGGGAGCGGGAGCGGCGGCGGGCGCGGGAGCAGAGGCCGCGGUGCGGGGAGGUGGCGGGCGGGACGGCGGCGGAGUGCGCGGCCGUCUUCUGCUGCUUCCCCUUCGCCGUCGUCGAGCUCGUCGUACUCGCCGCGGUCCGCGUCCCCGCCGCGCUCUGCUGCCGCGCCGUCCGCGGCGGCCGCCGGCGCCGCGUCGUCGCCUGCCGCGCCUCCAAGGUCAAGAAGGCGGAGGCGGCGGAGUGCAAGGCCGCGCCCGCGCCCGCGCCCGAGCACGGCAUCCUCGCCGACGUGGAGAAGGAGGUCUGGGCGAGCUUCUACGGCGCCGGUUUCUGGAGAAGCCCCUCGCAGAGAGAGGACGGGAGGUGAUCGCCGCCGCCGCCGCCGCCGCCGUCUUCUUCUCCUCCUCCUCGCCACUUAAUUGGCUUCUUUAAUUCUCCUCCCUUUUCUUCGGAAAAGAGAAGAAAAAUAACUCGAUCUUGUGAUUAAUUAACUGCAAUUGACAUUUUUUUGCAAUUGCUUCUGUUCUUCUCUUUCCAAAAAUUUUGAUCAGUGAGAGGAAAGAAAUAAAGAAACCAUGUUAGCCUGAUUUGUUUUCUGUC